AUUCUUUUUUUCCCCUUUCUCACUCUCACCCCAGUACCCUACCCCCCACGUCCACAAAACAAACAAUCUUCUCUCUCUAUCUCUCUCUCUUGCCCACCACCCCCCUAUAGUAUAGUCCCUUAAGUGUCAUUUUCUCACAUAUACUUUACACAAAAGAAACAGCCAUUCACUUCACAUACCUUGUCAUUUCUUUCUCUCUCUCUUUCUCCAUGCCCUCUUCUCUCAAUCUCAAAUCUCUGCUCUGCAACUACUCCAAAUUGAUUCAAUGCUCCAAACUCCAUCCACACACCUUCACAAAAUCCUAUUAAUUACCCUCACCUAGCAACCUUUUAGCUCUUCCUUCCCUUCACCACACUCUUCAAUCCUUCAAACUUUUCUUACUAUAUAAACAUAUAUAUAUAUAGUAUUGCACGACAUAAGGAAACUCAGCAAGGGUGAGAGAAGAAGACAAAGCAGCAACACAUAAAGGCUUGUUUGGAUGGAACUUUUCCCAGCACAACCAGACUUGUCCUUACAAAUCAGCCCUCCAAACGCCAAACCAACAUCAACUUGGAGGAGGAGCACAGAAGAAGACAUGGAUUUGGGGUUUUGGAAGAGAGCCUUGGACUCAAGAAACUCCAUAUCAUCAAUGGCCAAACAAGACUCUUGCGUCACCCUCUCCCUCUCCAAUCCAAAAGCCUCCUCGGAUAACUCCAACUCCUCUAACCUCAUUCACCACUUCCAAAACGGUGCCAAUAAUGCCACCACCAACCCCUUCCAACCCUUUCAGCAGAACCAUUACUUCCACCAGCCACUGUUCCAGCCUCCCCACCAAAGCCUCAGCCAAGACCUCGGCUUUCUCAGACCCAUUAGAGGAAUCCCAGUGUACCAAAACCCUCCUCCUUUACCAUUCACUCAGCAUCACCACCACCACCAUCUCCCUCUAGAGCCUUCAACCACCACCCCUUCUUCUAUUAUUUCCAGCACCAACACUUCUUCUACCCCUUUCCACUCUCAGGCCCUUAUGAGAUCAAGGUUCUUGUCACGCUUCCCUGCUAAGCGUAGCAUGAGGGCUCCCAGGAUGCGUUGGACUUCUACCCUCCAUGCUCGCUUUGUCCAUGCCGUUGAACUCUUAGGUGGCCACGAAAGGGCUACACCCAAAUCAGUUCUUGAGCUAAUGGAUGUGAAGGAUCUCACUUUAGCACAUGUCAAGUCUCAUUUACAGAUGUACCGGACGGUGAAAACUACAGAUAGAGCUGCGGCUUCAUCAGGGCAAUCGGAUGUGUAUGAUAAUGGGUCGUCGGGAGAUACUUCUGAUGACUUAAUGUUUGAUAUAAAAUCUUCUCGAAGGUCUGAUGUAUCCAUUAAACAGGGAAGAUCAAGUGUUAAUCAAGAUAAGGAUUAUCAUGGUCUUUGGGGCAACUCUUCCAGGGAAGCUUGGUUGCAUGGGAAGACAAGGACUGAUUCUGUUGGAAACGUGCCAUCUCUUGAGAAGGAAAUGGAUCCGAAGUGUGUGAGUUAUGAGAGAAUAUCAGAUGGAAGCUCAUCUUCAAAUGUGUCAGGAUCAAGCCCGAAGAAGGCUAAUUUGGAUUUGGAAUUCAGCUUGGGGCAGCCACUUUAACAAGGAUCUGAUCCCUCUGAAUACGUAUUAUUGAUUAACUAGAGGUAGAGAGCUGGAAUGAGAAUGAGGAAGCCGCUGAGAAAAUGAGAGAAAAAGAAAGCUAAAAGAAAACAAAAGAGAAAAAAAAAAAAAAGUAAAAGGAGCUAAAGAACACAAGGAGACAAGAAAGACAGAAAGCAACAAAAGAAAGCAUGGCCUUCCUAUCAGAGCUCUUGUGAGAUCCAAAUCAACAUAUUAUAUUUUCUUGGUAAAUAUAUGAAAUCUAAUUGAUUUGUAUGUUUUUGCAAUCUGAGAGAAAGAAAGAGACAUGAGAGAGUGAGAGAGAGAGAGAGAGUGAGUGAGUGAGAAAGAGAGAGAGAGAGAGAGAGAGAGAGUUAUCUUAAAAGUAUGAAGUGAUCCUUGGUAA